AUGGAUUGCAGAGGGCAACUGAAGCCUGUUUUUGCACUGAUUUUGAUUAACUUUGCCUUUGCAAUUGUGAAUAUACUUCUUAAGAAGGUUCUCGAUGGAGGAACUAACCAUAUGGCUAUUGUUACGUAUCGAUUGUCAAUUUCUGCUAUUUUCUUGGCUCCUAUUGCUUACCAUUGGGAAAGGAAAACAAGACCCACGCUUACCUUUCAGAUCUUAUGCUACCUUUUCCUUGGCGCUCUUGUCGGGGUAACACUCUCACAGUACUCGUUCCUUCUGGGACUCCACUAUACUUCGGCUACGUUCUCCUGUGCAUUCCUCAAUACGGUGCCGGUAAGCACCUUCCUGUUGGCUCUACCAUUCGGUUUAGAGAAGGUGAACAUGAAGAGCAAGGCAUCAAGAGCUAAGGUGCUGGGUGCAGUAAUUUGCACGGCCGGAGCUGUUCUAUUAACCCUUUACAAAGGAGUUCCCUUAAUCAGACCUCAUUCUGGAGACAUAAAAGCCCAUGUUGAUACUAUGAUGUCGGACAAGAAAACACAAAGAUGGGCUAUCGGUUCUCUAUUUCUGAUGGCAGGCAGCUUUAUGUGGUCUUCAUGGUUUCUCAUACAAGCCAAAAUUAGCAAGAGAUAUCCAUCUCAAUGUUCUAGCACAGUCAUUUUUUCAUUCUUUGGUGCAAUCCAAUCCGCUGUUAUAAGUUCGAUUGUUGAAAGGAACAAUGCCAUGUGGAUUCUGAAGGGGAAAUUCGAAAUUAUGAGCAUUAUUUAUGCUGGAGUGGUAGCAUCAGGCCUGUGCUAUGUGGGGCUGGCGUGGUGUGUGAAGCAAAGGGGCCCUGUGUUCACAGCUACAUUCACCCCUUUCACACAGAUAUUUGCUGCAAUAUUCGACUUCUCUAUUCUGCAUGAUCAAAUUUACCUUGGAAGUGUGAUAGGAUCUAUACUAGUUAUAUUCGGCCUGUAUAUUCUCCUGUGGGGCAAAAGCUACGACGUAGAGGAAUGUGAUGAGAAGCAAAGCCUUACGAGGGAAGAUAGAAGCAGAAACGGUGACGUAGAAUCACAAGGAUCUUUAACCGUCAAUUCAACCUGCUCAUAAAACAAUGGUUACCUAGUUAUCGGUCGUACCAAUAAAUUUUGUAACCUAAUACAGGUCAGUAACAGUUCUGUGAAAUGAAAACGGAGAUUAACAAAAUAAUUUAUAGGAAUUGCUUAUAAUUUGAGCAACAAAAGCAAUAUAUAAAAAAUUUGCAAAUGCUUGGGGGACUUUU